AUGGGCGCGUCGGCCUCCGUGCUCUCGCUUCCCACGGCCGCCGCGCUCCCCGCAGCCGCCACCGCCGUCGCCGGGGCCGCCGGCUGCUUCGCGCUCGGCUACCUCCUCGCCCUCGCCCGCCAUCCGCGCCACGCCGCCGCCCCAGGUUCCGGGGGCCCCUCCGAUGACGAUUCCGAGGAUGACUCGGAGGAAGAUGAUGACGAAAACUCCGGCCGCAGCCGCGCCGCGAAGCGGGCGGGCGGCGGGCAGAAGAGGACCGGGCUCCGGCUGCUCUACUGGGCACGGAACGUGGUGACCAAGUCCGACUCCGCCAGGGAGGCGGAGAGGUCCCAGUCUCAGGCCGCCGCCAGCCCCCUGGAGAUCGAGAACCUUGCUGAGAUAAUAGAAGAUUUCAAAAUGGUGCUGGUAGUGAGGAAUGAUCUGAAGAUGGGGAAGGGGAAGAUUGCCGCACAAUGCAGUCAUGCAACUCUUGGGCUAUUCAAAAAACUCCAACAGAGAGCUCCGAAAUCACUAAGAAGGUGGGAGCGGUGUGGGCAAGUUAAAGUGGUUGUGAAAAUAGAAAGCGAGGAAGAUAUGCUUGUUUUACAAGGGAGAGCAAAGUCUUUGAAUCUGCCAACUCACAUAACCAUAGACGCCGGAAGAACACAGAUUGCUCCAAAUUCAAGGACAGUCAUGGUUAUUCUGGGGCCAGCUGAUAUGGUUGAUGAUGUUACUGGCGGUCUGAAGCUUUUGUAG